UUUUUUUUUGCAGUAUAAAAGACGGAGUUAGUUAGCGCUACAGAGCGGGCGAGCGUAAUUUUCCGCGAGGAGCAGUCCAUUGUAUUGGUCGAACUCGAAGAAGCGUUGUUUUUUUCUUUCUUACCUUGUAUAGCUAUGUAGAGGCAGAUGCAGAGACUUUUUUGCGCGUUUACUUACCUGUGUAACAGUCUCGUGAGUCAGUGCCUGAUGCCGGAGAGGGAAAAGAUAGAAUUUGUUGCUCGUCAUUUGACCUUGCGUCAGACGCUCGAAAAUAACAGUCAGAUGACAUACAUCUAUGCGCGCACAUAAGGGAUUUUGCAAUCUACACUAAUCGGAGUGAACUUUUUGCUCGGCACGCCGAUCGGGUCAAAGCUGAAUUGCGAUUUCAUUACGUAAAGAUACCUAGUCUUCAACAAUGGGUCUGCCACGAGUAUUCUUCGACAUGACCGCCGACGGCGCGCCAGUGGGCCGUAUCGUCAUCGAGCUGCGCUCGGACAUCGUCCCCAAGACGGCUGAAAACUUCCGUGCCCUCUGCACCGGAGAGAAGGGCUUCGGCUACAAGGGCAGCAGCUUCCACCGUGUCAUCCCCAACUUCAUGUGCCAAGGUGGUGACUUCACCAACCACAACGGUACCGGUGGCAAGUCCAUCUACGGUGGCAAGUUCGACGACGAGAACUUCCAGCUGAAGCACACCGGACCCGGUAUCAUGUCCAUGGCCAACGCCGGACCCAACACCAACGGCUCCCAGUUCUUCAUCACUACCAUCAAGACCUCCUGGCUCGACGGCAAGCACGUCGUCUUCGGAGCCGUCGUUGAUGGUAUGGACGUCGUCAAAAAGCUGGAAAGCUACGGCUCCCAGAGCGGCAAGACUACCAAGAAGAUCAUCGUCGCAGACUGUGGUCAACUAAGCUAAGCAAUCUACCAUCUUCCGCUUAUCUUCAUAGAGAAUUUUUGCGCUACAAUCAACCAAGGAACGUGCGAAUUUCAAGAAGAACGAGAAAUGAGCAUUUGAAGAUUCAAUGUUUUCAUUCCUUCGACUAAACACUGUAUACAAAUACUAUUCUGAAGCAUUUAAAAUUUAUCGAAAGGUUCAAAUGUUUUUUUCUUUCUUUUUUUUUACAUUUCACAUCUUCCAAGUAUAAGAAUUGUGUCAAGAACUACUGUGUAGUUUCAGCCAAUAAAUGGAUAUGUGUGAGAAUUACA